AGUUGGCGACACUGGUCAUGCGACAGCAAGUAGCACCAUAACCUUCAAGGUAAACUGAAACGUUAAUCCGUUGAGAUGGUUGACGAGUCGACGAAGAAGACUUUGAGUAAUAUUCCAUUAUUGCAAACGAAAGCCGGCCCCAGAGACAAGGAUUUAUGGGUGCAGAGAUUGAAAGAGGAAUAUCAGGCUCUGAUUAAGUAUGUCAAAAAUAACAAAGAAGCGGAUAAUGACUGGUUUCGGCUGGAAUCAAACAAGGAAGGCACUAAGUGGUUUGGCAAGUGCUGGUACAUUCAGAAUUUCCUGAAGUAUGAAUUUGAGAUAGAAUUUGAUAUUCCCAUCACAUAUCCCACAACAGCACCUGAAAUUGCUUUACCAGAAUUGGAUGGUAAAACUGCAAAAAUGUAUAGAGGUGGUAAGAUCUGCCUGACUGAUCACUUCAAACCAUUAUGGGCUCGCAAUGCUCCCAAGUUUGGCAUUGCUCAUGCAAUGGCUCUUGGUUUGGGACCAUGGCUAGCAGUAGAGAUUCCAGAACUUAUAGAAAAGGGCAUUGUAGUUCACAAAGACGAGGAAAAGAAAUCGUGAAGUGGCAACGUGCAGAAUGGCAGAAAUAACAAAAUGCGAAUGU